UCCGGACGCGACAAACAAACUUUUCCAAUUUGUUAGAAAGCGAAGUGUUCACAACAUGCUGUGAUUAUAGAAUAAAAAAAUAAGGUCAAGCUUUACUCCUACAUCCAAACUGAUUGCCCAGUAUCCUUAACAAUAGGCCUAGUCGAGCUGAGCAAUACAAAGGAGAAUGGCAACUUAUGAUGUAAAAACUUUCCAUCAGUGUGUUGUAUGUAAUGAGAUAUUUGAACAAAAUGAUGAUUUAGAAAAGCACAAUAAAAUACAUGUUAAAGAAGAGAGAACAGUUGACAUGACUAUCAAAUGUGCUAUACCUUUUGCCGGAAUAAAAACUGAGAAUGUUGAAACUGUUUAUCAGUGUAGAUUGUGUCAUCAAGAAUUUGAAUCGGACACAGAUUUAGAGGAACAUUGUCGAAUACAUGUUAAUGAAGAGAAAUUAAUAGCAAAUAUUUCGCAACAAAAUACAGAUUGUGAAAAGAGUGAAUGUAAUCAAGAAUCUAAAUCUUACACUGAUUUAGAGGAAGAUUGUCAAAUAUAUGUUAAAGAAGAGAAAGUAAUAAAAUAUUUUUCACAAAAAAGUACAGAUAUGGCGUAUAAGAUACCAGAACCAACAUGUUUUAAGUGUGAUGUUUGUGGUAAAUCAUUUAAUAAGCGCUUAUAUUUAUACACACACAAGGGAAUUCAUACAGGACAAAACCCCUUUAAAUGUGAUGUUUGUAAUAAAUCAUUUCAUAAAAGGCAUUAUCUACAGUCACACAGCAGAGUCCAUACUGGAGAGACACCUUUUAAAUGUGAUGUGUGUAACGAUUCAUUUCGUUAUUUCAUUAGUCUCCAAAGACACACAAAGACUCAUACUCGAUUGACACCAUUUAAAUGUGAUGUUUGUAGCGAUUCAUUUCGUUAUUCCAUUAGUCUCCAAAGACACACAAGAACUCAUGUGGGAGGAAAACCUUACAAAUGUGAUGUUUGUAAUGAAUCAUUUCGUUAUUCCAUUAGUCUCCAAAGACACACAAGAACUCAUGCUGGAGAAACAACUUUCAAAUGUGAUGUUUGUGGUAAAUCAUUUAGUCAGUUUGCUCUUCACAAGAAGCAUGUAAGAAGUCAUUCUUGUGUAAGACUGUUUAGAUGUGAUAUUUGUGGUAAAUAUUUUAUCCAGAAUAGUCAUCUACAGACACAUAUUAGAAUUCAUACUGGAGUGAAACCUUUUAAAUGUGAUGUUUGUGAUCAAUUAUUCAAUGAAAAAAUUAAUUUACAGAAUCACAUUAAGAGCCAUCUAGGAGACAGAAUCUAUUAAAGGAACAAUAACACUCUUGCUGGCUUGACAGCUCCAGACAAUAAAAAAUAGCCUUAUUCUAAGUACUAGAUGUGUUAGUGUCUUACCUGUUGUGUAAAUUAUCCAUUAAAUCCAAUUUUACUUGUCGAGAGGGUUCAAAAAUAUUUUUAAAUCCAAGUCACAUUUGAAAAGCUUUACGUGGGGCUUUUCAAAUCAUUUAGUUGAAUUUUUCCAAUUUUUUUAAAUUAGGUGUGUUAAGAUGAAAUUUGUAUCAUCAAUUAAUUGGAAUAUUGUAAAAUAGUACAAUUUGUUGACCAGAAUAAAGAUUGGGACAUAUUAUUCAGUUACGACAAGAGUGGUAUUGAGCCUUUAAGGAUGUAAACGGUUAACCAGUCACAGUUCGGUUGCACCUUCAAACCCAGGAAUGAUAGCCACAACAUUGUUUUCUUUCACUAAGCCCUCAUAAAUAUUUCAAAUAGCACUUGUCAUUUGUAAUAAGUCUCGGGAAGUUGACGUCUUUAAAUUCCCGCUCAAAGUUUUGACAUGUGUAUGUUAUUUAUAGCACUCACUGCCAAGCAUUAAAUAAUCUCAACUGAUUGACAAAUUAAUUGUUUUACAGUAUUAACCUCAUUACUCCACAAGGUCUCAAAAUGAAACAAGUAUGAUGUGAUGAAAUAAUAUUGAAAUAGAGAGGAUAUCAUAGUAAAAUUGUUUAUAUUAUCACUCGAGUGUGCGAUGCUGUGUUGUCAAAGUUGACAUACUGGUCACUGGUACCAUGGGAUACAGCAUGGCUUGUGAUAGAAAAACAUGUAGUAAAUUCUUUUUUUUUUAAAAAAAUCAACAUGAUUUCAAUUCAACUGGUCUAUAGCUCAUUACGUGACCGGUCAGCACGCAAGAUGGAGAAAUGAAACAUCAAGAAUGAAUGAAUGAAUGGAAUUUGUACUGACUGUUAACUUAAAAGUUGUAAUACUAAAAAUUUAAAAAUAUAUUAUUAAGUCUUAUUUUGGUGCAACAAAUAUU